AUGUCCAGAGUUAAGCAAAAGAUCGCUGUGCUGACGUCCGGUGGCGACAGUGCUGGCAUGAACGCUGUCGUGCGUGCCGUUGUUAAAUAUGGGAUUAUUCGGGGUUGCGAGACGUACGUCGUCAGAGAAGGAUACGAAGGCCUUGUCCGUGGCAACCUCGAUGCACCGAAACGCAAGGUCGUUUUCAAUUCAGCCAAUAACGCUGUUGAUACAGCAGAUCUUGUCGACGACAAGCUCAUCAACAACCUUCGGUUUGGUGAUGGUCGUUUGCUCAGAGAAGGAGAAGGAGAUGCUAUUGACCGUCCGGGAGGCAGAAGCUUAAAGGGUCGCUAUAUCAUUCGAGUUGGAUGGGACGAUGUUCGUGGCUGGUUUGCUGAGGGUGGAACCCUGAUCGGUACUGCACGUUCACAAGCGUUCCGCACGAGAGAAGGACGCUUGGCCGCAGCGCUCAACCUAAUCACCGAAGGCAUCGACUCACUAGUUGUAUGCGGUGGCGACGGCUCUCUCACCGGUGCAGACGUCUUCAGAUCCGAAUGGCCCAGCUUCGUCACCGAGCUUCGCACAUCCAACCAAAUAACAGAGGAACAAGCCCAACGACACGCUCACUUAAAGAUCGUCGGUACAGUCGGCUCAAUUGACAACGACAUGUCCAUGACGGACAUCACUAUCGGUGCUUUCACCGCACUUCAUCGUAUUUGCGAGGCGAUUGAUAACAUUAAUACCACGGCAUUUUCGCAUUCUCGUGCGUUUGUUGUGGAAGUUAUGGGCCGCCACUGUGGGUGGCUUGCGUUGAUGGCGGGUGUGAGCGCUGGUGCGGAUUUUAUUUUUAUUCCUGAGAGGCCGCCACAGGCGGACCCUUGGGAGGAUGAUAUGUGCAAGAGUAUUCAGAGUCACCGAGAAGUUGGUAAACGCAAGACAAUCGUAAUCGUCGCAGAAGGCGCUCACGACGCGAACCUCAACCCCAUUCGCGCGGAGUACGUCAAGGAAGUGUUGACUGAAAGGUUGGGGCUCGAUACCCGAGUUACCUGCUUGGGGCACACUCAACGCGGUGGACGGCCCUGUGCGUAUGAUCGUAUUCUGCCAACUAUGCAAGGUGUUGAAGCGGUAGAUGCGCUUCUUGAGGCGACCCCGGAUACACCUUCGUAUAUGAUUGGAAUUCAUGAGAAUAAGAUUCAUCGUGUUCCGUUGAUGGAGGCCGUUGCUCAGACUCGAGCUGUCGCGACUGCUAUCGGCGAGAAGGACUUCGAAAAGGCGAUGUCCUAUCGCGAUCCUGAAUUCUGUGAGGCUCUGGAAGGCUUUGUAGCUGUCUCUGCUCUCGACUUCUCUAGGAAGCUGCCAAAGGAUCAGAGAAUGCGUGUAGCAAUCAUACAUAUGGGUGCCCCAGCAGGUGGAAUGAACGCCGCAACCCGUGCAGCUACACGCUACUGUCUCCGUCGGGGCCACAAACCACUCGCAAUCUACAACGGUUUCCGAGGUCUCCUCGACGACAACAUCGAAGAACUCUCCUGGCUACGCGUCGACAACUGGAUGACGCGGGGUGGUUCCGAACUCGGAACAAACCGUACACUACCAGACAUCGACCUCGGAGCCGUAGCUUCACAAUUCCAAAAACAUCGAUUCGACGCGUUCUUCCUUAUUGGUGGGUUCGAAGCUUUUCGCUCCUUACAAAUUCUUGAUGCAGCGAGGUCUCUGUACCCGGCGUUCCAUAUUCCGAUGGUUUGUGUACCUGCGACGAUAAGCAAUAACGUACCUGUUACGGAGUUUAGUUUGGGGAGUGAUACGAGUUUGAACGCGCUUGUGGAUGCUUGUGAUGCGAUCAAGCAGAGUGCGAGUGCCAGUAGGAAUAGGGUUUUUGUGGUUGAGACUCAGGGUGGGAAGUGUGGGUAUAUUGCUACUAUGGGUGCGCUUGCUGUUGGUGCGGUCUGUUUCUACACGCCUGAAGACGGGAUUACGCUUGAUGGACUGCGAAAGGACGUCGAGUUCUUGAAGCUCCGGUACAGCCUCGACGAGAAAGGGAAAGCAGAGGGUCGGAUUAUCAUGAGGAACGAACAAGCCUCAAACGUCUUCACAACCGACUUCAUCCAAAAAAUGCUCCAAGAAGAAGGCGGAGCACUCUUCGACUCCCGUCUCGCCUCAUUGGGACACACCCUCCAAGGCGGCAUCCCCUCCCCAAUGGACCGCGCCCGUGCCGUCCGACUCUCCCUAAAAUGCAUGGCUUUCCUCGAACAUCACCACGACUCCAUUCGUUCUCAGCCAGAGUUGAAGAGGAAAGCACCAGAUGGAAGUGCAGCAGUGAUUACGAUUCAGAGUUCUAAUGUCGAGUUUACACCUGUGAAGGAUAUGAUUGCACAUGCGGAUAUGAAGAAUAGACGAGGGAAGAGUUCGUGGUGGGAGGAGUUGAAGCCUAUGGUUGCUAUGCUUGGGGGACGGACUGCGCUUGUUGAUGAUGGAAAUGGAGAUGGGAAGACGAAGGGUUAA